AUGGAAAGGGGAGGAAUCAAUGAUAAUGAUUCAUCCACAUCCUAUACACCUCUAUUAGAAGAAAACAAUGAAAUUCAAGCAACAAGUCCAAAAAUUUCUACUUCAGAUGAUGAUAUAGACUAUGAUAGCUUGUCACAUAAUACUUCUCUUAACUAUCAUUUUCAUCAACAUUUUGAUGAACCUGUUCUAAGAAAUUUUGAAAAAACUGCUAAAAUCACUCCCUUUGUAGUCAUCUCAUCUUUAAUUGUAACUAUUGGUGGAUUCUUAUUUGGAUUUGAUACAGGUGUAAUUAGUGGUGCAAUGUUGCUAAUUGAACAUGAAUUUAUUAUGACAGCCUUUCAAAAAGGAAUGGUAGUUGGAGCAACAACAAUUGGUGCAUUUUUUGGUGGAUUGGGAGCUGGUUCUUUAUCAGAUUUUUCUGGACGUAGAAUUACAUCUACACUUGCAGCCAUUGUAUUUCUUGUAGGCUCUCUUAUCAUAACUUUUGCUGGUACAUAUUAUUAUUUAGUUAUGGGUCGAUUUGUGAUUGGGUUAGCAAUUGGAAUUGCUUCAAUGGUAGUUCCUAUUUAUAUUAGUGAAAUAUCUCCAAGAUUUCAUCGUGGUCGUCUUGUCACUAUGAAUAUUUUGUUGAUUAUUAGUGGACAAGUUAUUGCUUACUUGGUUGGUGUUUUAUUUGUUUCUAAUGGUGGUUGGAGAUGGAUGUUUGGUGUAUCCAUUAUCCCCCCUAUAAUACAACUAAUUUGUAUGCCAUUUGUUCCUGAAAGUCCACGUUAUCUUGUAAAGUCUGGUGAACUUGGAGAAGCUAUGAAUGUUCUACAUAAAAUUUACCCUAAAGCUCCACAAAAUUUUCUGGAUGAAGAAAUAAAAAUUAUACAAAAAACUAUUGAACAAGAUUCAACUGGAUCUUAUCAACAAUUAUUGCAUCAUCCAAAUCUUAGACCAUUAGUCAUUGCUUGUGGUCUCCAAACACUCCAGCAGUUUUCAGGCUUUGAUACAGCCAUGUAUUAUGGUGGAACUAUAUUAAAAAUGGCAGGAUUUGCUAUCAUUAAAGAAGCAAUCGUAUUUUCUAUACUGGUAUCAAUCACAAAUUUUGUGGCGACUGUUGUUGCAUUAUAUGUUAUAGAUAGGGUAGGUCGUAGAACUAUACUUUUAUACACAAUAAUAGCAACUGUUAUUGGGUUAUUUCUUCUGGGAAUUGGGUUUGUUUCUAUUGUUGGACUUGUACCUAAACAAGAUACAUGUACUGAUUAUGGAACAAGAUGUGCUGCUUGUGUGAUUGAUGAUAGAUGUGGGUUUAGUAAACAUUUAGGAGGGAUUUGUUCACCAAAAAAUGAUCAUGAAGAAUUCUAUGAUUCAUGUCCUGAUGGCAGUUUAGCCGGAAGUUUAUUCACUCUUUUCACUUUGAUGCUUUUUAUAUCAGGUUAUGCACUAGGACUUGGUCAUGCACCAUGGUUAAUGCAAAGUGAACUUUUUCCUUUGAAUAUUAGAGGUCGAGCAUCUGGUGUUGCUACAGUUAUAGCAUUCUUGCCAUCAACAGAAACCAUAACAAUCUCGGGUACAUUUUGGCUUUAUGCAUUGCUGAUGACAUUUGGAUGGUUCUUUGUGUAUUUUAUGGUUCCAGAAACAUCUGGUAGAUCAUUAGAAGAAAUAACAGAGGAUUUCUUGUAA